AACUAAAUCGGCAGAGAUGAGACGAAAUGACAGGAGAUAGCGCAGGGCGUGAAAGAAGUACAUGUGCAACCAAAAGGCGGUCGCUGUAAGGCGCAAAUAAAAGCAUUUGGAUCGAUCUGAGAUAUAUGGAUGGCCUUCCGCUUCAUUCUCUUUCUUUGCAGAAUCCGAGUGGAGUUUAACCAAUUUAUUUCUCUUUUACUAUCAGUAAUAUCGCUAUAUCAGCCCAGCUUCUUCAACCAUAUAAAUUUGUUCUGCGGCUGACGUAAACAAUGUUGCAAUGGAUGGGAGGAUCAAGACGGAAAGUCACAACGUCAAGGAAGUCUACACAGAAGAGGCAAAAGCAAUACUUUGAACAAAGGAAACGACGACAACAACAACAACAACAGACUGCAGGUUCUGAGGGUUAUGCUGAUGAAACUAGCGUUGGUGGAAAGCAUCAAAAGGAAUGUCGGUCUCUAGAUAUUCUCAGCUUGCUAAACCUCUCAACUGUUUCUGAUGAACGCAAGUCUUGUCCCAACAGCAUUUUCAGCCAUGUAAGAAGGGAUGGUAAGAUUGACACUUUAACAAUGAAGUAUCAUAUCCCAAAGGAUCCAACAAGAGUCAUUACAAAUUCAGUCCCUCCUUCCUAUUCUGUUGAAAUUAAGCAAGCAGGUGCUCCACCAUCAAGCUACCAAGGGGAUCCAAAGGUUUUAUUUUGCAAUCAUGAAAAUCAUGCAUUAAAUGGAAUCAAUAGUAGUCCGGAUCUGUGGAAUGCAGCCACUGAGAAACAAUUAUCUGUUUUCGACAUGCUUAAUGAUGAAGCAUCAGAGGACAGUUCAGACAAAAGUCUGGUUCAUGAAGCUCAUGUUGCAUUUUCAGUUGAAGGUUUAGGUAAGAUCAGAACAGAGACCCCACUGCAUUCACCAAAGCAACAGACCAGAAUCUCUUCUGAUGAUUGCUCAUUAACCUGGAAUGUUGGAAGGCAACUAAACUCAUCAAAGAGUUCUAAGUCUGUACUGAAUGAUCUUGAACUAGAAGUGGAAGUGAUGAUGCAGGACAACAAUAUUCAACUUGGUGGCAGUCCUUCAGAGUUUUCAAUGGACACAAUGGAUUCACAUGGAAAUUGGAAGCCAGAGCUACCCACUGUCACAGACCACAUGCAACUUUACAGCCAUUGUAGCAACAGAAAGUGCUCUCUUGGUGAUACAAACAUUUUCUACAACAGAAGAAGAAGGGAAGAUAUAUGGGAUGCUAGACUUAGCUUCCUGGAUGAUGACUUUCUCCAUGAAAGGAAAGAUGAUGUUUCUUGGGAGUACCAGCCACACAAAAUGGAUAGAGAUUCUGGAGAUUUUUUGGAAUAUGAAAAGGGUGAGAUUUCAGAUGAUUCUUUUGAAGCCCAUCACAUGCUGAAGAAAAGGGAUGUGAAAGCAACAAAGUUGAGAAGUUUAGAGCCACCUUCUCCAGAACGUACAUCAUCAGAAGUUGAUCAUCGAUUCACAACUUCAAUUGGUUUAAGGCAUAACCCAGUUCAAGGAAAUUAUGAUACUAGAGAUUUCGCAGGCCAACUAGAUUGGCCUUUUCUUGAAACUGAAGAUGCAAAGGAUACUUUGAGCUUGCUGAGUGAAGAAUCAUGCUCAUCUAGCGCAGUGAAAGGUGAAACAAUAAACAUUUCACCUCCAAAUCAAAUGCCUAGGCAGAGCAGAACAAUAAGCAAUACUUUUGGCAGAACUAGAAAGAAGUAUGAUAUGGACAACGCUUUUGCCGUGGAAACACAUUGCGAAGACGGGGAUAAUCUUGGGCAACGAUCUAGAAAAUGUGUGAGGACGCCAGUGCUUCCCAAGUCAAAAGCCACCAAAUCCAUAAGCUCUUGUUUCCGAGGGAAAAUAGGACCAUCUCAAACAUGGUUUUUUGAGGAAGGAUGCAAUUCAGUUGAUAUAGAUUUAGGUUUCAGUUCUUCUCAUUGCACGUCAGAGGCAAACCUUCCAUCUUUAGAAUCCAAGCUGUGGACUGAAGAUCCUAUUGGUGCAUUUCCUGUUCCUGAACUCAAUUUUGAUGUCAAAUCUUGCUUUGCUAGACCUAAGCCCAGUGAAUCUAUCCAAUGUUCUCCUUUUGGCCGUUUCACAUCUGAGAAGUUUGCAUUCCGCCAAUCAAUUAAUCACAAAAACUCUUAUAACUCUCCAGUAUUCUCAAAUGUUGGGUCUGGAUCAAUCCAGCGUGAUUUAUCUCGAGAUUCUAGAAUGCAAGGUGUUCCCCUGGAUUCGUCCAAUACCGCUGGUCCACAUAGAGAGACAGGAUUUCCUGAUUUAUCAGUACAACGAAGUAUCAGGAGAGAUGAUAAAAGAAAAUCAAAUUUCCGACCAGCCAAUUGUGAACAGUUUCCACUUGAAAAAGAAACUUACCCUGGAGAUGAUUUAUUGUUUUCAGAGGACCCGAUGGCAAUGGAUGGUUCAAAUCCCAACAACAACGAUGUUGAAUGCGAGGAAUCAAAGGAUGGAACUCUAAAAGAAAAGGAAACAUAUUCUCCCGAGCAUGGUGAGGAAGAAUCAUCAUCUGUUAAGAUCCAUGACAAAUCCAAUAGCAGUCCAAAUGAGAAAGGAUAUAAUUAUGAAGAGAUUCUUCUUCCUUGUCAAAGUGGGGCUGAAGGACCGGAAAAUGCUAAACUUGAAGAGGGAAAAGCGAUAAGUGGAAGACAGAACAAUGGUGAGGACUCAUCAUCUAAGCAGGUAAUGAUGCUUGAAAGCCAUGUUAUUCAACUUCUUUGCGUAGAGAAGUGGUAAAGGAGGCAUCUACCUUAGGCAUCAUGAAGAAGGUAUAAAUAAUACAAAACAAAAAAAAAUCGCAGAUUGAGUAACAGUUAACAGGGGAUGCUUUCGAUCCAACACUUUCACACUCAUCUAUGACUUUAUACGCCCUUAGUCCCUAACUAGUAAUAUCGUGCGAAAAUGGAGUUUGAGACUGUCAAUUGUUCAAAACUCUAUUGGGCUUUCUUGGGCUCAACCAACCAAGGAUUAGAAAGAAGAUUGAUUUUGGGUUUUUUGGACUUUUAGAGAUCCUGGUAGUCUGGAAAAGUCCUUCAAAGGUAAUGGGGCAAGUGGCAACCACCCAUUUCCAUUAUCCUUAUUACCAGGUUUUCAAGAAGCCGAGCCAAGCCGAGGCAACAAUUAACCAAGCAUUUCUCUUUACUGCCACUCCCACACUACGUUUGUGCAUGCAUGCAGUUAAUUGGCUUUGUCACAUCAAAAUUUCCUUUUCUUUUCUGUAACUCGAUUUCAUGUUCGCAUUUGGUAGCUAGCAAAAUUAAUAAGAGAAAAAGAUCAACUUUUCGAUAAAAGCAUGACUAAAUUAAGACAUUAAUUUACAAAGUUAAUGUUUUCUUGUUGUGUUAGUGACAAUAUAUAUAUAUAUAUAUAUAUAUAUAUCAAUAGCUUUUUUUUUCUUUUAUAGAAAGUAAUAGCAAUGAAUUAAGAGUAGGGUGAGAGGAUUAAUUGUGCGACUGAAAGUCUUAUUCGGUGAUGAUAAAAGAUGCUGAAAAAUUAACUAGGGGCAAGAGCUAUGAAA